UUUCUUCCCUAAAAAUUUUCUCCGCUUUUCAACUUCCAUCUACCCAACCGGCCAAACCCUAAAAGGCAAAUCAAAAUCUUUCUUUCUCUCGCGCACUAUAUUUGUUAUUAUUAUUCAAUGUCUGGAACCCUAGCUUUCUCUACCGGGAACUCUAUCCUGUUCCCGACGGAAAAUCGCAUUUCCGCCAUCGGGGUCUCCAGAUCUCACCGUUCCAUCUCUUUCACCUCCCGUGGUCCGUCUAAAACCGCGAUUCAAGCCUUUGCGCAGACCGCCACAAGAACAAGGGCCGAUGCGGUGAAGAAAUCAGCCAACCUUUACCAGAUACUGCGUGUCAAGGAAACUGCCUCGCCGAUUGAGAUCAAGGCCGCUUACCGGAGUUUAGCAAAGCAGUAUCACCCGGACGCCUCCUUUUCCUCGGAGCCCGAUGCUUCUGAUUUUAUCGAAAUCCACAACGCCUAUGCCACAUUAUCCGAUCCGAUGGCUAGGGCCCGCUAUGAUCUUUCGAUUGGUUCUACAAGGCGGUUUAGCUACGCAGCUGCUAUGGCCACUGGUUUCUCUGGUCAGACGCGAAGGUGGGAAACCGAUCAGUGCUGGUAGACCGAGACCGACCUCUCUAUUUCUCCAUUUGGAAUUGCAAUUUUGCAACCUUGCAAGCAGAAGCUAGAAAAGCCUCGCCACAUUGUACAAAGUUUCAUUACGUGGCACAGGGGUUUUGAUUAUUUAUUCGGCUGUAACUCUUUAAGCAAACGAAAAGAAAAAGGGCUUUAAGCCCAUUCAGAAUCAGUGAAUCAUCCUAUCAAUGAUAAUCCUUCCUGUCAAAUGCAUCUCCUUCUCCAUUUGGAAUUGCAAUUUUGCAACCUUGCAAGGAGAAGCUGGAAAAGCCUCGCCAUAUUGUACAAAGUUCCAUUACGUGGCACAGGGGUUUGGAUUUUGGAUUUUUUGUCCUCCCCCUUUUGAUUACUUAUGGGGAGAUUGAAUUUUGAUUAUUUAUUCGGCUGUAACUCUUUAAGCAAAAGAAAAGAAAAAGGGCUUUAAGCCCAUUCAGAAUCA